AUGUCUCUGCAAAGCGGAACCCCCGUGCUGCCGAAGCGGCCCCGCGAAGAAGACCUGGUCAAUGAGUCUAAGCGCAUUAAGACGGAGGCCCCAAGCGGCCUUGAUGAGUCGCAGUUCGGCGAUCUUUUUGACCCGCUUCCAUUUGAAACCAAAGAUGGUUUCUCAUCGGCGGACUUCGCCAUCGAUGACAAUCUUGAUUUACCCAACAUGCUUGAUGCCCCUGAUAAUGUGGACCUGGCUGUUUCCACUCGACAAAACACUGCCCCUGCCUCCAAUGCUGCUGCCACCGGCACCUCUGUACCAGGAGCAGUCUCGCCUGCUCCAGGCAACGGCAACGGAAGGCCAAAUACAAAUCCAGCAUUGCAGGGAGCAGUUCCGCGUGUCAACUCUACCAGCAAACUUCCUGACUACCUACCUACUGGUUCUGGGGCCGGUCUGACUACUCCAAGCUCGACUCAAAUGUAUCAGUCUAUGUCACAGCUGAACUUGGCCACAUAUCCAUACCAGAGGACGUCGAUGGCUUCUACUUCUGGAAUGCUGGCUCUGAAUGUGCCAGGCUCUACAAUGCCAGGUGCCUCUGGAACGGGCGUAGUUUAUCCUAAUCAGUACAGACCACCUAUGAACAACGCAUACAGACCAGCCACCAACCGGUUUGACCCGAAAAGAACAUUCCCUCCAGGCAUGUCAGCGCCAAACAACGCUGCAGGAGCAGGUAAUAGGCCAGACGAUCCUUCUAAGCUCAACGAUGCCCUUGCGGCCGCAGGUGUGGAUAUUCAACGUGAAGAGGAGCUUUUGCUGUCCAAUUACAACCGUACAGCGCUAAGUCUUCAGCAGCAGCAGUUGGCAAACAGACAACGCCAAACCUAUGGGCCACUCAAUGCGUUUUUACAUCCCUAUCAUGUGGCUCUUCUCAUGAACAAGGUUGCUAGAGAAAACGGAGUGGUUCAAAAUUUCAUGGUUGACCCAGAAAUGCUAGAAUUCAUGUCUGCCGCGUGCAAGGAGUGGCUUUCUGAUAUAGUCACGAAAACCGUGGCAUUGUCCCGUCACAGACGGAGAGGCAUUCCAGCGUUGAAUAAAAACGGUGCUGGAAAACCCAAGACCAUACAUCCGUCGCAGCGUUCAGAAAUCUCGAAAGAGCUUCGUAAUUUGGCUCUCAGGCAGAAGGAAGCUGAGGAGCGCCGUGUGCUCAAAAGACUUGCACUUGGGCUUGAAAAAUCGGAUGAGGUGGCCCCUGAAACGGGAAACAAAGCAGGUGCCGAAGAGACACUACAUCGUGCAGCCAAUGCUACUGCAGCCAUGAUGACCAUGAACCCAGCACGGAAAAAGUACUCGUGGAUGACCAGUGGAGCAUCAUCAGCUGGAGAUGGUGCUAAACUGACUGCCAAUAAAGAUGGUGGUCCAAAGCAAAGCGCACUUAUUUCUACUAGAGGUGACAACGGAUUGAGAUUCCGAGAGAUUAGAACAGGAAAUAUGAUCACUACCAAAGAUCUUUUGGGUGUCCUAGAAGAAGAUCGUAUGGGCACUUCAAAGGCGGUGGUGAAAGGAUAUGCAAAAUUGAAGGAUUAG